UUAGGAGGGGCGGGGCCUCCCGGAGGCGGAAGUCGGGAUUAGCACUCCGGGGAGCGAUUGGUCCUCGGGAGGAGCGGGGAGGCGGACGCGGGUCCCGGCGGUCGUCGGGUCGGCAGCCUUUGGUCAGUUGGCAGCUGCAGGCGCGCUCCGGUUCCGGCGGCGCCAUGUCGUUCUGCAGUUUCUUCGGGGGCGAGGUUUUCCAGAAUCACUUUGAGCCCGGCGUUUACGUGUGUGCCAAGUGUGGCUAUGAGCUGUUCUCCAGCCGCUCGAAGUAUGCACACUCAUCUCCAUGGCCAGCAUUCACCGAGACCAUUCACGCCGACAGCGUGGCCAAGCGUCCGGAGCACAAUCGAUCUGAAGCCUUGAAGGUGUCCUGUGGCAAGUGUGGCAACGGGUUGGGCCACGAGUUCCUGAACGACGGCCCCAAGCCGGGGCAGUCCCGAUUCUGAAUAUUCAGCAGCUCGCUGAAGUUUGUCCCUAAAGGCAAAGAAACUUCUGCCUCCCAGGGUCACUAGGCAGGCAGCCCACACCCACCCCAGACAGCCACCGCACUGAGGCCACACGUUGGCCAUUCCACCUCGGAGGUGGAACCCUGGGCGUCGAGACAGGAAGGCAGGGCGCAGUGGUUGAAACAUCAGGAUGCUCCCAAGGCCCUGGCUCAGAACAAGACCGUCUCGUUUCUUGGAAAAGACACUCAUUUGUUGAUGGUUCAUGCCUUCUGCUGGGACAGGCCUGGGCUGCGCAGCCACACUGUCGGCGGACUUAGCCCCCUGCUCACUCUAGGUGCCUCCAGGAGGUGAGCCCUGGGUGCAGCUGGUCUCUGAAUGACGUUACACCCUCACCUUCUUUGCCUGGCCCUGUCUCUGGACUGUCCCCUGUGAGGCCCAAUUCCAAGACAGACUCUCAUGCUCACCGAAGCUUAGACACACAUCUCCCAGGCUGCUUAGGAGACAGAAUGGAAACGGAGGCCGCCCCUGCCAGCCGCCCUGGCCCUGGUCACUGCAUGAUCCGCUCUGGUCAAACCCUUCCAGGCCAGCCAGGGUGGGGAUGGUCUGUGACCUGCUGGGAAGGCAGGCUGAUGGGGCAGACCCUUGGUCCCUCGUCCACGAGGGGAGAAGCCUACAUCCUGUUUCACAGUCUGUGCGGAAGUAGCUUGCCUCACUCCUGCUUAGGAAAGCGGCUGUUGCUCCGUAACUCUAACCAGCACAGGGCUGAGGCCUGCAGUUCACACCUGCAGGGAGGCCCUUCCCAAGAUGUGGUGACUGUGCCUUACUAUACGUGCUCGGAGGCCUGGCCAUAUAGGAGGGUGGGUGAUGCUGAAAUCACCCCCUAUCUUAAGUAAUCACUUUGUGGAGUAAUCAGGUGGAAAUCCAUAAACAAAUGAAACAUUCAGAUGU